GUCUGUCUGGAAUCCUCUUAAAGGGGACGCGUCUCUGUCUGCCGCUGCAGGAGAGAUCAGAUGGGAGGAACAUCUUGGGAAAAUGCUUCUCAAACUUCAGAGCCUGAACGAACCGGCAGGACACCCAGCCUGCAGCUCGGUCCCAGACUGCUCUGUUGAAGGCUGCAGGGUCAACUAAACACGAUGCAGUCCCUGCCCAUGGAAGUGGGAAGCAGCAGCAGCAGCUCAGCCCCCGGCGACACAUCCAGCUCGGUGGUGCAGGUGAGCUUCCCUGGAUCUCAGGCCUCGGUCCUGGACAGUCUGAACCGGCAGAGAGAAGAAGGCCGGCUCUGUGAUCUCUCCAUCCACGUCCAGGGACAAGUGUUCAAAGCCCACCGCUGCGUACUGGCCGCCUCCUCACCCUAUUUUCAUGACCAGGUACUACUGAAGAACAUGUCUACAGUCUCCAUCCCGGCUGUAAUGGAUCCAUUGGCGUUUGAGAGCGUGCUGAGCUGCGCCUACACUGGUCAGCUCCGGAUGCUGCGCGAGGACAUCGUCAACUACCUCACAGUGGGCAGCGUUCUGCAGAUGUGGCACAUCGUGGACAAAUGCACUGAGCUGCUGAGGGAGGGCCGGGCAGGAGCGGGUAGCAGUGGAGGAGGCAGCAUGCCGGACGGAGCGGGCACCAGAGGAGGUGGAGGGUCAGCUAACCUCGGGUGUAGCAGCAGCAACGGUGAUGGUGAUGUAGGUGGUGAUGAUGGAGCCGGUAGCAAUGGUGGGGUUGGUGUCGGUCAAGCCAAGGUGGUUGGGUCCAACGAGCCCCAGCGUGCCUCCCAACCUCCCAGCCGGCCGUCAGUGAGCGAGAGUCAGUCUCCCAGCAGCACCAACUACUUCAGCCCCAGGGACGGGAGCAGCUUCGGAGGGAGCGGUGCAGCUGCAGCGAGCGCUUCGGUGGACGGAGGCGGAGCCAGCAACACCCCCAGCUACUGCACCCCUUCUGGAGGAGAGGAAGGAUUUCUCAUUGAGGAGGAGGAGGAGGAAGUAGAGGAGGAAGAGGAGGAGGUGUUGUACCACCAGAGGAAGAGAGUAAGAAGGGGAGGAGGAAGUGGAAGGAGGAAGAAAACGAGCUCAGUGUCAGAGCAGGAAGUCGGGGUCAGCGAUAGCUUCGGUGUGUCGUCCUAUCAGGAUGGGGAGGAACCAGCACUGAUAACACAGAAGCGUCCGACCUACAGCCAGCCCAGCAUCAUGCCUCGUAAACAGUGGGUGGUCGUGAAAACCGAGCGAAUGGAGGACGACGACCUCAUCGUAGUGUCCGGGGAAGAGGGAGGAGAAGACGAGGAGGAUGAAGAUGAGAGGGAGAUGGAGCUGGUCCGAGAGAGGGAAAGAAGUGACUUCAACAUCUCCAACGUAAGGAGCCUUUCAGCCGAGCUGGGGGGCCGAGCAGAGAGUGACAUGGACUCACAGGUGGACUACUGCCACUCUUCAGAAGACUACCUCAAGUUCGAAGGCAGUUUAAUGGACCAGACUUUAGCUCAGCACCUUCAUGAGAGUGCAGCAGGUCAGAGCCAGAGCACCAACCGGGCUGUUUCUGCACUGCUGGGUCAGGUUCAGUCUGCAGCCUCGGCCCGGGCUCAGCUCUUCCCCCUGGACAUGCAGGGCAACCAGAUCCUCCUCUACAGCCAGUCCUCAGGUCUCUCUCUGGACACAGGUGCUCCUCCCCUGGGGCUGGCAGGGAGUAUGAUGGGAGGGGCUUCUUUCAAAGGACCCGGUCUGGAGCAUGGUGCAGUGCACCUGUCGGUGCAGGGAGGAUUAGGAGUUGAUAGCUUGGACGGUGGGGGGGUCGGCGGCGGAGGCGGGAAUGGGGGCAGUGCCAGCAGCACGGGGGGUUCAGGGAAAGUGUUCAUGUGCCACUGUGGGAAGACCUUCACUCACAAGAGCAUGAGGGACCGCCACAUCAACAUGCACCUGGACCUGCGGCCCUUCCACUGCCCCGUCUGUGCCAAGAAGUUCAAGAUGAAGCAUCACCUCACUGAGCACAUGAAGACGCACACGGGCCUCAAGCCGUACGACUGCCUCGGCUGCGGCAAGAAGUUCAUGUGGCGCGACAGCUUCAUGAGGCACCGCUCACAUUGCGAGAGGCGCAGCGGGCUGGGAGAGAGCAGCGAAGGGGGGAGCAGCGUUGAGGGAGGGAGGAGAGGAGGAGGUGGAGGUGAAGACGGGCCAGAUUUGAUGUCCUCACCUCACCUCCUCCUGUCUGCAGGUGAGGGGGGGCAGGGAGGUAUCCUGGGAGGAGGAAGAGGAGGAGUGUCUGUUACCUCUCCACAUCUCUCGGGCUCUGUUCUGUCGCCACAGCACGGCGGCCUCUCAGUCACGGGGAGCAGCAACAGUAUGAGCAACAGCAGCAGUGCUGCUCUGAGUAACAACAUGGCUGCUGCAGGGGCACUUCUUGGGGUUGUUUCGAGUCCAGGUCAGGGGUCAGGGAUGUUUGGUGGUCUGGGGUUGGGUCGAAGUGUGUGUGAUGAAAAUGUGUGUGAGGUAAGUGCCAACGAUAGUAGCGUGACUUAAACCAAAAGUGCAUGUUAUGUCCAGCGGGUGCCUGUCGAGUGUCUGGUUCCUGCGGCUGAUUUCACUGAAUCGUACACUUAGAAUAAGUGAAGCACUUUUAACUGCCAAUGUUCACAUCAGCAGUGAUGUUGCAGACCCGUAUCAAGUCUUGCAACACUAUCAUUGGACACACAACCUGAAGAACCUGUAAGUGUCUAUAAAAAGUUGCCGUUUUAAGAUUCCUCAGUUGACUGUUGUGACGUGAAGUUUCCAAUAGUGGUCGUUUUGAUGCCAUCUUUAAUUAUCCUCCAAUCCUCGCACCACAAAGACUUUGGGAAACUUGACUCAAAAAGUGGCCUCAGUAAAAAUGGACCUGUACUCUCAGUGUUUUUAAAAACCAGAGUUGUUGUAAAAUUCAGUUUUUUUAAAAGUUCAGUGUAAGAAAGCUGUUUAUAUUGAGAGGAAACCAAAAAUGAGAGGAGCGCGCUUCACUACGUCUUACCUUCGUUCUAAUGAGUAGAGUAGAAAAAGGCUGUUCUAAAUUGCUGUGAUUUCUCUGGUAUUGUAUUGUGAUGUAUUGUUAUCACAAGAUUUAAAUGAUCUAAACUGCGAGUGAAAGAUGUUCUUCACACAUAAUCCAUAAUCCAGUGUUUGAAAAUAAGAAGCUAAAGUUGCAGAGUUGUGUUUAUUUUCUUGAUAGCAGCAGUGAAACAUCCUCUCCUGUAUUUCAGACAAACUCAGCACUGCCGUGAUGAUUUACAGGAUCAAUUAUUUCUCCUCUUCAUGAAGGAACCAGAUAAAUCCAGACGGAGAUUCUUACCAGACACUAAAAGUUCAACUUAUAGCGUUUGGUGAACUCCAGACUCACUUCGAUUAGUUUGUGGAUUGUUUUUAAAGAGGCAAAAAUGAACUAUGAAGUCUCUUGUCCAGUAUGCUCCCUCCUUUUAUAGACAUAAACUCUACCUUUAACCUUUUGAACCUCUCUGGAUCUUUAAAGCAGGAGGCGACUCAUCCUCCUCAGCCUCUGUUGGGUACAGUUUUGCUGCUUUCCUUUCCUCGUUGUGCACAGAGUUCUCGUGCUUUGAGAAGUAUAUUAUUAUUAUUAUUAUUAUUCCUGUAAAUACACAGAGAUAGUUGUUGUUUACUCAGUAGACCUUAAACUCAUACUAACUUGUUGUACUGACGCACUUGCUGCCAUCUGAUCUGCUUUAAUCAGCUGUAGAGAAGGAGUUCUGCAGGUUGACCAGAUAGAGUGUCUCUUUAAAUGUCUUAUUCAGUGGAACGUGUGGAAGCCAAGGAGUGGUAAACAGUGAUCUUAUUAAAGCUCAAUGGUGCAAAGUGUGCUAACAAGCAAACCUCUUCAGAGCCGUCACGCCCCACUUUAAGGCGGCCUUGUGGGGCCAGCAACAAUCCACUACAUUACCCAACACAGAAAACACCUUAAAGGCUGAAAACAGUGGGGUUCAUUAAGACAGAGAACUAAAGCAUUAAACACAAAUUAACUAAAGGCUAGGUCAACAGGAGUGUAAAACCCCCUGACUGAGAGACUUAAAACUGUUGUCCCCUCUCCUAACACCUCUGUCUUCUGCAUGGAUUUCACCUGUGGGGUGACCGACGACACACAGGGAGAACAUGCAGCAGUAUCAGAUGUUAAUCUAAAACAAGCUAUGAAUGCUUAUUUAGAGAAAACCUCACUUUCCAGUUUCUGUUUUACACAGAAAUGUCAUUUAUUUAUUUUACCUUUCUUAAAAAUAAACUGAUAAACUUAAUUCAUUUACUUAUUUGAAUUUUUUGCACAGGUGGAUUUUUGUUACUGUGAUAAUUUCAGAAGCAUUCUUACGAGUAAAAACGUCCUGACCUCCAUGAGAUGUUGGUUUUAACUUUGUCCCGUCAGAGGUGUGCAGCUGUCCCCUCACUAUUCAUGUUUGUAAACAGUGGAUUGGAUCGUUCUGGAUCUUCUCCCCACACUUUGUGUCUCUCUUCAGCUGUCCUCUUUAAUAAAGGCGAAGGAGCACCAAAAAUUGUCUUUAAAGAAAAGAUCAGUUUGAUUGAAAUGUAAGCUUCUUGAAAAGUCUGAUAAAGAUGGUAGAGGUAGAAAUGCUUGUAAGCAGAGUCGUAAGGGUAGCAAGAUUAGUUGCAGUGUACUACCUCACCACUAGAUGUCAGUACAUCUUACAAACUGUCUUUAUUCAAAGGAAGUUGGGUUUCUUUUUGGAUUAGAUCAACAAAUCCUAAAAUAUUAUUCACCUAAAAACCUUACAUUGACAUUUUAACCAUGAAAUUAGAUUUCUGCGACCGAAAUCUUUUACCAAUUGUAACGAUUCAAAACAAAUUAAAAUUCAAACUAUGGUGCAAUCAAGGGAGUCAUAAUCUGUGAUAACUAAGCUGCCUUUUAUCUUUGUUUUAAUCCGUGUUUGAGAGGCCUGAAGGAGGUGUGCCCCCUUGUGGUCACUGUCGGCACUGUGAUUCAAAGAAAGUGUAAAACCAUUUAUGACGCUGUAGAUUUGUGUCUUAUUUUUUAUUCCUCUGUCUAGUGUAUCGAAUCAAACUGUGUAAAAGAAACAUACAUCAGUGUGCCAGUAUACCCUCAGACCAGGACAGUCAGUGGUGGAAGAACUAUAACACAUGACCUCGUAAACAUUUUGCAUGCCUUUUAGAGAUUUACCGGGGAACAAGAUGUCGGAGCUGAAUGUUUUUACCUUCCGUGAAGGCUGGGUUUGGAUAUUUUUAUACGCUGGUUUGGGGCUCAGAGUUUUUAAAGGACUGUUGAAUAUGUUCAGUUAGCUGUGAAGUGAGACCUCAAGUUUUACCUCAGACUCUGCCAACAUGUUUUUUUAUUUCUUUGUCUUCUGUAGUUUUGGUUUCAUGCUUCUUCCUGUUUGUUUAUCACAUCUGAAAAGCUGCAGAGCAAAAGCAGAUGAUUGUAAGAGCGAGAUGUGUGUGAAAUGUUUAAAUGUUCUUCUAAUCUAAGUGUAAACACGGUAGAAAAACUGGGUUGAGCACAUUUAUUUCUGUGGUUAUGAUCCUCAACAGAGAGAAAACAUGAAGAGACAGAGAUUUGACAACAGUUUUCAUUUAUGUCUAUUUCUAUAGUCCUCCUCCAGUCAGUCACAGCCCUGAAGUUUGAUCCUGUUGUGCUCUUCUACACUAUCUCCUUAUGUCAGAUCUGACCUUUUCAUGUUUUAUAAAUAUACUGAGGAAGGUUUCACUGAGUCCCACAACUGAGUAAAAGUUGAAUUAAGAUGUGCAAAUGUUCACUGCAAGCAUGUGUGAUUUGUAAUGAUCACAUUUCCCUAAAUAAUCAAUAAAACCAUUAUAUUUCAUAUUCACAUUUUUAUGCACUGGACCUUUUAAACUUCUGGAGAAUUUAAAAAAAUCGAUAUAAGGCUGUUGUAAUUUACUGCUUUGCUAUCUUCAAGUGUUAACAAUGUCCUAAAUUAGGUAAAUUAGGAGGUGUCUGUUAAAGCUCCUGUGAGGAACUCUCAGUUUGUGAUGAUUUUGGCCCCCAAAAUAUAUAUAUUAUACAACAUCCAUCCAUCCAUCCAUUAUCUUGACCGCUCAUCCCGUUAGGGGUCACGGGGGGCUGGAGCCUAUCCCAGCUGGCUUCGGGCGGAAGGCAGGGUACACCCUGGACAGGUCGCCAACCUAUCACAGGGCUAACACAGAGAGACAGACAACCAUUCACGCACACACUCACACCUACGGGCAAUUUAGAGUGAUCAAUCAACCUGAGCAUGUAUUUGGAUUGUGGGAGGAAGCCGGAGUACCCGGAGAGAACCCACGCAUGCACAAGGAGAACAUGCAAACUCCACACAGAAAGGCACCCGCCCAGCUGGGGAUUUGAACCAGGAACCUUCUAACUGUGAGGCAACAGCGCUAUCCACUGCACCACCGUGCAGCCCAUAUUAUACAACAUAUACAUGCAAAAGAAGUAAAUCUCUUUUUGACAACAAACGUCUCAAACACUUUAAAUUCUUGCUUUAGAAAAUGUAAAUAAAGACUGUUUCAGCAAUCUGACACCUACCCCUCGGCAGCAUUUUAAAAAGCUACAAAGAAAGAAUCAGUCUUCACGUGGAUGAUCUGAAUCCUUUUUCAUAACCACACAAAAACUCUUCACAGGAGCUUUAAUGUUUUUAAAAUAAGAAGUUAAUAUGAUGCACCCAACACUGUCCAAUACUAAGAUUAGUAUUCAUUCAUCUCUUUCCCCUUCAUUAGAAAUCUUGUAUCAUCACAAUGGGUUGUUUGAACGAGUGAUAGAAGAGCUCAACAUUCCUGUUUCUCGUAUAAAGAAUAAUGUGAAGAUGGAGGGAGCAAAGUUUAGAGCUAAAGCUGCUGCUGGAAACUAGAGUGAAGUAUUUUGUAUUAUUUUUGUACAUCCCUCAAAUGUUAAACUUCUUUCAUGUCCUCUGAAUGACCAGCUGAUUGUUGAACAGAAAGGGACAGUUGUUAAUAGAGAUGAUAUGUAAAUCCUGAGUGGUUAUAAUAGUGUAAUACACUACAGUACAUCAAUAUUCACCUCUGCCCUGUAUCAAAAUAACACAUCAAUAAAUUAUUUGGUGAGAA